UAGCAUAUCGAUAGGUAUAGGUGUGAGCAACCUGUGGUAUCGACAAUAAGAAGUGCAGAAAAUACGAUCAAGAAGACUAGUCGUAGUUUUUUUCCUCAUCUUUGUUUUAUCUUACACGUAUAUAUUUUCCCAUUUUGACAAAGGAAAGCUUAUGUGGUAAUCUUGAUGAAACCAUACACCGACGUGGUCUGUUCAUUGGGAAGUAUGGAUAAAUCUUAGAGAUUAAUGUCAAACACGCGAGCAUAAAGUCUUCGUGCCGCAUUCACAAAGGACGUGUUUUGUACACCUGGUAAUUGCCUACGCUUUUUGAAAGUUUAAAUCAAGCUUUAUUACCAAGUUAAACUUUACAAGUCAACACAGUGCAAGCGGUUAUUUCAAAGUGUUUAAAUUAACCCGCGACAUUCGCGGUGUUGUUGAGGUUCUGCAAUGGCUUAAUAUCACAAAACCGCCAGCGAAAUGUAACUCAUAUUUCACCGCCCACGUUAGAUGACCGCGUAACGAGAGGUGUUGUCCCAGUACCAGCGAGGUAUUUACUGCCUCAGCAUACAUUUGAAAUCUACCUUGAGCAAUUUUAACGCUCCAGAAACAACAAAGUGGUACAAAUGAGGGAGAACACACUAAUCUUGCCUGAGUCAGUGAGCGAGACAGUGUCAGUAUCGUCCCAGGCUUGCUAUGCAGAGAGAAGUGACAUAAGCUAUGUGGAUUUUGUAACUAUGAAACGGUUUAACGAGGAAGUUAAAUUUGCACCAUGUCUCACACCAGUAGCAUAUCAAGACACGGUGAUCUGUUACAAGAACCCGUCGAAGAAACGCUUCAAGAGUCAGGUUAUUUACGAACACAGAAUCAAACCGCGGACCUUCAGCGAUACGCUGACAGUGUUUCCCAAAAGACCUGUAAAACGUUUCGUAACUUUGGUGGAUUACCACAUUGACGAGUGUCGUAGAUGGUUUAAGACCACAAUGGAGUUUAAGGCAAGAACUUAUACGACCAGAAAGAUAUUCAGAGACUCUGACGGUGAUACCGAUGAUCUAGAAAUUGACACGGACUCCGACAGUGAUGCGGACAUGGUUGCAAAGUCAACGCAAUCUAACAGUGGACCGUCUGCGUCGCAGAUUUACUUGCCGAGAUGGGAAAAGCAGAGGGAGCUUGAACUCGAAAGCAAUAACGUGCACCAUUUUAUGAAUGGGGAUAUCAUUAUCAACGGGUAUUAAUACAUGGGUUGUCGUAAUGUUUUUAUACAAACGUUUUAUAAUAGUUGUGGUGAUCUUUCAUUGGAUACAUUCACGCGCUUCUCGUCUAGACUCGGUUUGAAUUUCCGCACCCGGAAGCACGUGAGUUUGGUUGGUAGUCACCAUACCGAACAGGAGGGGUUUCCUAUGGGUACACUUGUUUCCCCCAACACAUCAACCGCAUAUCAACAAUUGAAAUCUUUCAGUACAACCAUAAACUAAUAACUGGAAAUAGCAGCUAUAUUGAAAUG